GAUCUACCUCGGGGCGGUCAACAACAUCUUUCAGCUGGGUCCGUCACUUCGGCAGGAAGCCCGGGCAGAGACGGGCCCCAAGAACGAUGCCCGGACCUGCACGCCUCCUGCCUCCACCUGCCAGGACACCAAGCCCAUGCCCAACCUGAACAAACUCCUGCUGGUCCAUCCGUCCAACGGCUCGCUCAUCGUCUGUGGCAGCCGGUACCGCGGCAUCUGUUCCCUUCUGAACCUCACCAAUGUGGAGCAGGAGCUGUACUACAGCGACAGCAAAGGGGAGCGAACUUACGUGGCAAGCAUAGAGGACAACGUGAAUGUGGUCGGCGUCAUGUCCACCUACUUGAAGGACCGGCACGACUUCAACGUGUUCCUUGUUGGGAAGGGCUACGGCAGCCUGGACAGCACGAAACUCAUCAGCACACGUAUCCUUGAGGACUACCGGGACUGGGUGGUGUUUGAGAGCAUCAUCGAGGCGUCGACGGUGCAGACCACGCCGUUUGUACCCAAGUACCUGCACGACUUCCGCCACGCGUUCAAGGAGGACGGCUUCGUCUACUUCCUGUUUUCACGGACGCUGGACGGGACGGACAACAAAAACCUGACCUUUGUGUCUCGCCUCUGCGAGGAUGAUCAGCACUACUACUCGCACACGGAGCUGCAGUUGAACUGCGGCCCGAAGAACCACUACAACAAGGUCCAGGCCGCAUAUGUGGCUUCCCCGGGGAAGGAGCUGUCUCGGUCGAUGACGGAGUCCGGCCUCUACGGCAAGGUUUACCCCUGGAACAAGGUGCUGUUCAUGGUGGCGAACCCGGAUGAUAACAGCAGCGACUCGGCUCUCUGCAUGUACCCGCUCAAUGCCAUCAACGAGCGGCUGGUGGACAUCAUCAGCGCCUGCUACAGCGACUCGGGGAAGAUAGGCGGGAUGGCCGCCGUGGACAUCCCUUAUUCGUCAAAGACAGAUGAAUUCUGCACGUCUAAAAUUGCCAAGGACACGCUGGAGAACUUUAAGUGCGGGGCAGACUUCCUGCCUUCGCCGCUGGCCAGCAAACCAGAGUUCGCCCUGCAGGCCGAAGCGAUGGAGGUGAAGAAGGGCCUCCUGACUGCCGUGGCCGUGGCCGUGGAGAACGACCACAGCAUCGCCUUCCUGGGCAGCAGCCAGGGAGAGGUCUACAAGGCCCAUCUAACCACCAGGCUCAACGUUUACGGCAAGAGUCCAGGCGACACCACAGGGGACAGGGUCAACAAAAACCUUUUCUUUGACCUCAGCUACAGCCACCUGUACAUUACCACAGAGAAGAAGAUUACCAAAGUACCUGUGCAGACGUGCCAAAUGAAGACCGAUUGCCCCUCCUGUGUGGCGCUGAGGGACCCGUACUGUGGCUGGUGUGUCCUCGAGGGCAGGUGCACCAGGAGAUCCGAGUGCCGGCGGGCGGAGGAGAAGAACGGCUGGCUGUGGAGCCCCAGGGAGCAGUGUGUCCGGAUCGUCUCCUUCCACCCGCCCAACCUGUCCUGUAGAAAGAGCCAGAAGGUGGAGAUCAACGUUCCCUCUCUCCCGUCCAUGGGGGCGUCCGACCGCCUGCGCUGCGUUUUCGGCUCCUUCCAUAGCGAGGGCACCAUGUCCGAGUCUGGCCAGGUCACCUGCAUGCUGCCCAAACCUUCUGAUCCACCCACACCCCAGGACCAAGACUUCGUGGCAGUGCCGGUCAAGAUCUCGGUCAACGAGAGCGUGGAGCUGGCGACGCGGGACUUCAAGUUCUACAACUGCGCGGCGACAGUGAGGAAAGCCGAGAACACGCCGUGCAUGUCGUGCGUGGAGAGCCCGUGGGGCUGCCAGUGGAACACACGCGACCACACCUGCAGCGACACGGACGACAGCGUGGUGGGCGUUCACGUCAUCAAGCACCGACAGGGGACGAUGUGUCCUCGCUUUGAGAAUCCAGACCCUGUCCUCAUCCCCGUGGGCUUCAAGACCACCAUCAGUUUUGAGGGCAUCAACCUAGCCCUGUACCAGGACCAGACCUUCACCAUCGGCACAGAGCUCAUGAGAAACACGGAGGAGGACGUCGUCUCCGAAGACGGGCCUUUCUACAGCUUCAGCGGUUUCAGCUUUUCCUUCGGUAAGUCUCAAGAGACCAAUCUUCUCUUCUACGUGAAGGACAAGGUGUCGGGCAAGAAGAUAGACAGCACGCUAAACGUCACCCUUUACAACUGCUCCAUGGGCAGGGAGGACUGCAGCCUCUGCAAGAACGCCGACCCCAAGUACAAGUGUGUGUGGUGCACCAGGCGGAACGCCUGCAUCUACGAGGAGCUGUGCUCCAACGAGCACGGGUCCGAGGAUCCCCACAGCGCUGAGUGCCCCAACCCCCGGAUCACUGACAUCAUCCCCCGUUUCGGUCCCACGCGGGGAGGAAUUUCCAUCACCAUCCGCGGCUCCAACCUCGGCAUCCAUAAGGAGGAUAUUAAGAGCAUCAGCGUCGUUGGGAAGCCUUGCAUCCAUCAGAUGGAGAAGUACUCUGUCUCCACGAGUGUGGUGUGUGAGAUCGGUGCUCUGGAUCACAAUAAGACCAGCAGGGGCCCGGUGAAGGUGGAGGUCGCAGGAGGCAAGAGUGGAACCUCUUCCCUCUACUUCACCUACAGGGACCCCGUCCCUCAAAGGGUGCAUCCCACCAGGGGUCUGAAAGCGGGAGGCACGCUCGUCAACAUCUCUGGUAUCGACUUGGACACCGGCACCAAAGAAGACGUCCAGGUCACCGUCGGUGGGGUGGACUGCCAAGUGGAGCAUUUUGGAAAAAAUAUCACCUGCCGGACAGGAGAGUACCGGGCGGAGAAGGUGCCCUCCGACCAACUCACCGUCUCCGUCAAGUAUGGCAAGGCGACCAGGACCUCCAUCUUCAACGCCUUUCAGUUUCUGGAGAACCCCAACGUGGUGGACCACGAGCCGAAGAGCAGCUUCGUCUGCGGAGGGAGAACUAUUUUUGUGACCGGCUCCGGGUUCGACCUCAUCCAGACAGCGGUCAUGAAGGUCGUGGCUUUGGGAGAGGACUUGACAGAAGAACAGGUUUCUGUUGAGAAGGCCAGCACUAAGAACGAUACGGUGAUCGAGUUCCCUUCUCCGACGGUAAACCGAACCGCCAGCACCCAGCAGUUCAGGACCUACGUCCAGCUGGACAACUGGCGGAAAGAGCUGAAGCCGUUCGACUACCACCCCGACCCCAUCUUCUACGACCUGCCCAAGAAGGCCAUCACAGAGGCCAGCAUCAUCAUCGUCACCGGUCGAGGUUUCUCCAAGGCUAUGACGGCCAAAGAGGCGCGGGCCUACGUGGGCGACGUCUCCUGCCAUGUCAACACCCUUCAGGAUGACAAGCUGUUCCUGGAUCCGCCAUCCACGCCGCCCCGGGCCCACUCCAAACGCCACCGCCGCGACACGAGCUCGGAGCUGCUGGAGCUGCUGAUCAAGUUUGGUAAAGGGGAAUGGGUGGUGGGUUCGGUGCACUACGAGAGGAAGUACGAGGUGCCCUUAUACAUCAUCAUCCCCGCCGUCAUCUUGCCUAUGCUGCUCAUUAUCGCCAUCUCAGUCUACUGCUACAGGAGGAAGAGCCAGCAGGCCGAGCGGGAGUACGAGAAGGUGAAACACCAGCUGGAGAACCUGGAGGAGAGCGUGCGGGACCGCUGCAAGAAGGAGUUUACAGAUCUGAUGAUCGAGAUGGAAGACCACACCAACGACCUGAGUGAGGGCCGGAUCCCAUUCCUCGACUACAAGACCUACACCGACCGCGUGUUCUUCCUGCCGUCCAAGGACGGCGCCAAUGACGUGAUGAUCACGGGCAAGCUGGACAUCCCAGAGGCCCGGCGGGCCACUGUGGCCCAGGCCCUCAACCAGUUCUCCAACCUGCUCAACUCCAAGACGUUCCUUAUCAACUUCAUCCGCACCCUGGAGGGCCGCCCGGACUUCAACGCCAGGGCCAAGGUGUACUUCGCCUCCCUGCUGACGGUGGCGCUGCACGGCAAGCUGGAGUACUACACCGACAUCAUGAGGACUCUGCUGCUGGAGCUGAUGGGGGACUACGUCCACAGCAAGAACCCCAAACUCAUGCUGCGCAGGUCAGAGACGGUGGUGGAGAGGAUGUUGUGUAACUGGAUGUCUAUCUGCCUCUACCAGUUUCUGAAGGACUCUGCAGGAGAGCCCUUAUAUAAACUGUUCCGUGCCAUCAAGCACCAGAUCGAGAAAGGGCCGGUGGAUGCCAGGGUGAAGAAAGCCAAGUACACCCUGAACGACACGGGUCUACUGGGGGACGAUGUGGAGUACUGUGUCCUGACCUUACAGGUGCUGGUUCAAGGCGAGGGCCCGGAUGUAACCCCGGUCAAGGUGCUCAACUGUGACACCAUCUCCCAGGUGAAGGAGAAGAUCAUAGAGCAGGUGUACCGAAACCUCCCCUACUCGCUCCGGCCCAAAGUCGACAGCGUCACACUGGAGUGGCGCCCCGGUUCCAUGGGGCAGAUCCUGUCCGACCUGGACCUGACCUCCCAGAAGGAGGGCCGGUGGAAGCGCAUCAACACCUUGGCCCAUUACAACGUGCGAGACAAUGCCACGCUGGUCCUGUCCAGGGUUCUCCACACACAACAGAACUACGACCAGAACCAAGAGAACCACGAGGAGAGGAACGCCCUGUUGGAAGAUGACAAGGUUUUCCAUUUGGUGAGGCCGGCGGACGAGCUGGACGAGGUCAAGUCGAAGAGGGGGAGCAUGAAGGACAAGUCCACGACCAAAGCCAUCACAGAGAUCUAUCUGACACGACUUCUGUCCGUCAAGGGAACAUUGCAGCAGUUCGUGGAUGACUUCUUCCGCAGCGUGCUUUGCUCGGGGGCGGUGGUGCCGCCGGCGGUCAAGUACUUUUUCGACUUCCUGGACGAGCAGGCGCUGAAGCACGACAAUGUGGACGAGGAGACCAUCCACAUCUGGAAAACUAACAGCCUUCCUCUGCGGUUCUGGGUGAACAUCCUCAAGAACCCGCACUUCAUCUUCGACGUGCACGUGACGGAGGUGGUGGACGCCUCGCUCUCCGUCAUCGCCCAGACCUUCAUGGACGCCUGCACCAAGAGCGAGCACAAACUCAGCCGGGACUCGCCAAGUAACAAACUACUCUAUGCAAAGGAGAUCUCCACCUACAAGAAGAUGGUGGACGACUACUACAAGGGCAUCAGGCAGAUGGUAUCUGUCAGCGACCAGGACAUGAACACUCAUCUGGCUGAGGUGUCGCGGUCUCACACGGACAAGCUCAACACACAAGUGGCCCUCCAUCAGCUCUACCAGUACGCCAGCAAGUACUACGACGGGAUAAUCGCUUCUCUCGAGGACGACCCCGCCGCCCAGAGUAAGCAGCUGACCGUGCGGCUGCAGCAGAUCGCGGCCGCCCUGGAGAACAAAGUGACGGAUCUCUGAGUCGCCGGACGGACGGACGGACGGACGGACGGGCGAAGAGA